AUGACAUUCAUUCAAUACCAAGCAUAUGAAAGAUCCAAUGACAAAAGUGAAAAAGAACCAAAGAAGCCAACUGCAAUUACUUUGGCAAAUAUAGCAGAUGAAGAUGAAAUAGACUCUUUGGGAGAUGUGAUUAGAGUUUACAUAAGGUAA